AUGCCAAGAACAGUAAUUCUCCGUUUGGACCUCUUCGCAUCGGAGCGCGCAAUUUUCAGGGAGGCGUUGGCAGUAAAGGAUGCUGCCAAGAAGUUCCCUGAUUUCAACAUCAUUGACUCACAGAUUCGCAAGACUGCUGAGAACAUCGGCCGCUCCAGCAUCUCCAGAGAUGCCUUCAUGGAGCUGCAGGAUGUGGUUCUGAAAACCCAACUGGAAGUCCAAGGCAUUUUCAACGUGCGUUGGCUUUCAUGUGGGGAUGCAGUGGCGCGGUUUAGCGAAGUGCUGCCAAUCCUCUUCUGGGUUUGGCACAAAGAGGACCAAGCCGCAUACAAGAUCGGCACAAGUUUCAAGUUUCAGUUCAUGCUCUUCUUCCUCGCCGACGUGCUGGAGAUGCUCAACACCCUCAACAUGGCGUUUCAGAAGCUGGUGGUGGACAUCGACGAGGUGAAGCUCCUCGUCGAUAAACUGAAGCUGAAGCUGGCGCAACGUUACGUGGAGAAGCGCGCAGACUAUGGGACCGCGAAGAGCAAGCACUUGCACGCUUUUCUCGAGAAGCACGGCAGCCCUGACAAGCACGAGAUCACCAUCCACGGCCUCGACAAGCAAGAGAACGCGUGCACCGUCAAGGACGUGCUGCAUGAACACCCCAUCGGAGAAGGCAUGGGGACGAACCUGGAAUUGUGCAUCAAGCUGGGGCAGCAGUUUGCGCAGGAGUUGAUCGCAAAGCUGGACUACCGGCUUGGCGACCUGAAGCAUUUUGACGGGGAAAAACUCUUCAUGCCAAACCACUACCCCCUGCGGCUUGCUGAUCGUGAAGCCUGGCUCAACGCCCACCUGUACAAACUCCUUGACAUGUUCAAGGAGAAGCUGCCCAGUAUCACGUACAAGGCGUGUCAGCUGGAGUUGGAGCUCUUUGCUGCAACAAUGUUCAAGAAGUUCAAGGACAUGACUUUCCAGCAAGCCCUCACUAACGUGCUACGCACCUCAGACUGGAGGGAUGAUUACCCCACCCUCGUGCACUUGUGGUGUGGACUUGCUGUCCUGCCCCUUAGCACUGUUGAGUGCGAAAGGGGCUUCAGCAGGCAGAACAUCAUUAAAUCAUGGGACAGGACUACUCUUAGUGAUGUUGAGCUAGAUCAGCUGAUGACUGUGAAGAUGCUAGACUAUCCUGUGGAGUGGGUAGAAUUGCACAAGAUCUUCAGUGCUGCUAGGGCUAGGAAGCUUGCUAAGCGUGCAUAG